ACCGAACGCGGGCCCCAACACUCUCCUGAAAGCUGCGCUUGCAGUGUGUGUGUGUGUCUGCAUUGCACUACUGAUAGCCGUCAUUACGGUCACACACACACGGCUGUGUGUGUUGGUUCUGAGGAUAAUGAGGCUCAGUCCCACGGGGCCGGGUGCUGGAUCCUGCUGUGGUCAUCUGCUGUCCAGUUGUGGACUGAACCAUAAACACAGGCCUUUAAAAGCAAUGCUUGUCUGAUUUCACAACAUACAUACAGUUUUGCACUCACCCAAACUCACUGACACAAAUUCACACAGUUUCACUGACCUCUGCAUGGAGGGUUUACACUGAUCAUGUUUCAGUAUGUUGAAAUAGAUAUUGCAAAAAUGCAUUCAUUGUACUUUUCCUCGCUCAAUAAAAUUAAAAUAAAUUACAUUAAAAACUGUAAAAAAGCGAAAUAUAUUGAAAGCAAACAAAUACACAAAAUAAUUAAUAUUUUGUUCCAGAAUUUGUUCGAUUUCAUUUUAAAUUCCAAGUAAAUGACAAUAUAAAGGAACUAGAUCCCAUCCUUCGACGAAGAUGUAACCAUUGCAAGCAGUGCACAGGGAUAGUUUGUUUAAAUUAAAAAAAAAUUUGUAAAAAGCUAGUUAUAUCUAAUAUAUUAAUGUAAUAUAUUCAGAUAUAUUUCAUUUAAUUUUAAUUUACUUUAAUUUAAAAACCAAGCACAGUCGAAUAAACAGGUCAAACAAACAAGCAAGAAAGAGAAAAUGUAACUCAAAAGUAACAAACAUUUUAUUUUCCAUAAAAAUUAACACUGUAACCUAAUUAGCUGUUUUUUUAAGAAGUAACACUAAUUUUACUUUUCCCCUGCCCAGUUUGUAGUGCAGCUUCUUUGGAAUGUGUGUAGUAGAGCAUGCACUAUGUUUUUGUCCUGUGACAUCCAGAGCAUGGACAGCUGAAGCCUGAGCACAGUGGGGUGCGUGUGUGUGUGUGUGUGUGUGUUUGUUCAUUCGUAGCGCGGUGUUUGGCAAUAAUUUCAGGGCAUAGUUGUCUUGACUGGUUUACUUGACAGAUUUUUUUUUUCUCCCCCUGUAGUGUCACACAAAGCAAGCGAUGAAGACGUUUGCCUUACCCCACAUUGUAUUGAAGCAGCCGGUUCUAUUCUGAGUAAGAUGGAUCAGUCUGUUGAUCCAUGUGAUGACUUCUACCAGUACGCGUGCGGAGGCUGGCUCCGGGAUAACCCCAUUCCGGAAGACUUAUCCAGCUAUGGGAUUUACCCGUGGCUCAGACAGAAUGUAGACCUCAAGCUGAAAGAGUUGUUAGAGCAGCCCAUCCAAGGCGAAGACAUCGAGGCAGUGAAGAAGGCCAAAGUCCUCUACACGUCCUGCAUGAAUGAAUCUAUCCUGGAGAUUGAGGAUGCCAAACCUCUGCUGAAGAAUUUACAGCAGAAAGACUUCCGCUGGCCCGUUCUAGGCGAUGCGUUGGGCUCUUCCUCGCGGUGGGUGGAGUCUCAGUUUAACCUGCUGGAGACACUGGCACAGAUACGCAGUCAGCACAGCAAGUCUGUCCUUAUACGGCUUUUUGUCUCUCCUGAUGACAAGAACUCCAACCAGUACAUCAUCAAGCUGGAUCAGGCCUCUUUGUCACUGUCAUCCAGAGAAGAUUACAUCACCAACACAACUGAGGCACAAAUGUAUCGAGAAGCUCUUUUAAGGUUGAUGGUCGACGUUUCUGUCAUGCUCGGAGCCGAUGAACGGGCUGCUGAGGCUCAGAUGAAAUCGGUGCUUGAUUUUGAAAUGAAACUUGCAAAGAUCGUGAUCCCCUAUGAAAACCGCACCAGUGAGAACAUGUACAACAAGUAUAGUUUGUCUAAACUGCAGCGCACUAUUCCAGAUUUUAACUGGCUGGGUUUUGUCAGAGCAGUGAUUGACACUGAGCUGUACCCAGACCUGAAAAUCUCCUCUUCAGAGCAGGUGAUCGUCCGUGCCCCACAACACUUUAAAGACCUCUUCAAACUCAUCAACGUCACAGAAACCAGGACAGUUGCCAAUUACGUCAUAUGGAGAUCAGUAUUUUCCCGAAUCACCACGUUGAGCCGACGCUUUCUCUACAGAUACCUGGACUUUGCUCGGGUUAUCUCGGGGACCACCUCUCUGACCCCUCGCUGGGACAAGUGUGUAAAUUAUGUAGAAAACACACUCAUCUAUGCCACCGGUAGGCUCUUUGUCGAUAAGCAUUUCCAGGAGGACAAAAAACACAUGAUGGAGGAAUUGAUAAAUGGUAUCCGGUGGGCGUUUAUCGACAUGCUAGAGAAGGAGAAUGAGUGGAUGGACGAAGAAACAAAGAAAAAAGCAACAGAGAAGGCUCACUCAGUCUUGGCGAAAGUGGGUUACCCAGACUUCAUCCUAAAUGACACCUAUAUUAACGAGGACAUCAAACGAUUGUCGUUCACUCCGACGGACUACUUUGGGAAUGUCAUGCAGACCCUGAAGUUCAUAGCUCAGUCUGACAUCGCCUGGCUGAGGAAAAAAGUCCCACGCACAGAGUGGUUCACCAACCCAACUACAGUAAAUGCAUUCUACAGCUCCUCUACCAACCAGAUCAGAUUCCCUGCAGGAGAACUUCAGAAGCCAUUUUUCUGGGGACUAGACUAUCCUCGAUCACUGAGCUAUGGAGCGAUCGGUGUAAUUGUGGGGCAUGAACUGACCCAUGGAUUUGAUAACAAUGGUAGAAAAUAUGACAAAGAUGGGAACUUGGACCAAUGGUGGAGCAACUCCUCCAUCAACCUCUUCACCGAAAAGACAAAAUGCAUGAUUGACCAGUACGACAGCUACUACUGGAAGGAGGCAGGACUAAAUGUCAAGGGGAAGAGGACACUGGGAGAGAACAUUGCUGACAAUGGAGGGAUGAGAGAAUCUUUCAGGGCCUACAGGAGAUGGAUCGAGAAAGAGAGAGGAAACGAGGAGCCUCUCCUACCUGGUGUGGGUCUGACCAAUAACCAGCUGUUCUUCCUCAGUUAUGCCCAUGUUCGCUGUAACGCCUACAGACCAGAAGCAGCACGUGAUCAGAUCCAAAGUGGAGCUCACAGCCCUCCUAAAUAUCGGGUUAUCGGGGCUAUGAGCAACUAUGAAGAGUUCCGUAAAGCUUUUAACUGCCCCGAGACGUCAGUCAUGAACAGAGGGGCGGAGUCGUGUCGAGUGUGGUAAUGAAAGUAAGGACCCUGUGAAGAAUUCAAUCACGGCACAACCCAAACCUCCAUAUUUUGUCCCGUUCACUGGUUUCUAUAGAGAAACAGCGGUUACUAACACUGACCACUGCAGUGCCUGGCCCUCCUUCAGCCACUGGAAUACUGUACACUCCUGAGAGCUUUCGGCCAGAUCUGCGUUUUACUGUCAGACCUCAAUUAUAAUGUGCAAAUGGUAAACGGACCACACAAAUUCCCUUGAGGCCUUCCUUUGGUUCAUCACUGUUUUUUACUCAAACAAAUUUGGUCGCACUGUUGCUUUAAGAGUGCUAUAAAUUAUUAUUUUUGUUGUUGUUGAUAACAGUUAACAUUGUCUGUCGUUUUAUUUUAUUGAACACGCUAGUAAAUAAUUAUUGUUUUCCUGAGGUUUUCGAACUGUGUGGUGUGUUUGUUUUGUUUUUUUGCAGAGAAACAAAUUUGUUUUGGUGUAUUUUACAUGUUCAUGAUGAAACGGAAGUAGCGACAGUAUAAUUAUCGAAGAAUAAAAAAUGUAGGAUGGGA